AAAGAUACAACCGGUGAAUGUAUUGAUGUCAGGUAGUCUUUGGGGUAACACUAAACAGACUAUAACGAUUCUGCGGAAUAUUUGUAAAAUAUUUUGACAUUUCUUGGAAAUUUAUGAUGAAAUAUUUCUGAGAAAAAAUAAUAUUUUUGAAAAGAAGCAUAAACUUAUUAUUUUCAUGCUCUAAGAGAGAUUUAAGUUGGAAAAUGGACACUUGUUUUACUAUUUUCAUUUAAGAAAGUAGCUUAAUUCUAAGUUUAAAACAUCAGUUUCUGGAUUACACAAAACAGACAUUUACUGCAAGAAGAAUUAAAAUACGAUGGCAAGAUUCCGUUCAGAGCUAAGUGUUCCCAUUAAACGAGACGAGAUGGACUUCCAAGAUAGACAAAUAAAAGUAUGGGAGGACAUGGAAACUAAGAUGGAAAAAAGAAAGAGAGAAUGGAGCGACGAUUUUGAUAAAAUGAGGGACGAAUUUUUUACAUUAAAACCUGGACUUGCAGAUAGACGCGCUAGUACUAUCGGAUUAGAUAAAAUUGGAGCUCUUAGGACUGUAUAUGAAACAGAAGCGAAUGGACAACAGCGUUUUAAAGUAAGAUUUGAUGUGAGUGAAUUUAAACCUGAUGAAAUUCAGGUCAAAGUUCAAGAUAACAAGGUGAUUGUUUACGCGAAACACGAGGAAAGAAAUAACGCACAGACUGUUAGUCGAGAAUACAGCCGACAGGUUGACAUACCACCAAAUGUCGACCAAGAAAAGCUACAGUGUGUCUUAAGUAGAGAUGGAAUCCUUACAGUUGACGGUCCUGUGUUCAGCAAUCAGCUUGUUGCCCAGCACCAGGUCUUGCCGAUCCAACAGGCAGUCCAGCCUGACCGAACUCUACAGCUUGCAACGCCGGUUAAGAACCCGAUUAUCACGGAACCGGACGGUACGAGAAAACUUCGUCUCACUGUCGACGCGGGGGAAUUCCGUCCAGAAGAAGUUGUAGUCAAAACAAUGGAAAAGAAACUGGUAGUCCAUGCAGAACACGUUGAGAAAACUGCAGGGAAAACUCUUCACAAGGAAUUUAAUAAAGAAUAUGAGCUUCCGGACAGCGUAGAUCAAACGGCGAUUACGGCAUAUAUCGGAGACGAGGGCAAAUUGAUUAUUGAGGCGCCAAUUAAGAACCAAGUAAGAAAGUAUUCCGUCACACAGAGCCAAGAUGUAAGGAAAGUUGUUGUUACAAAGGAAUCUACCGUCACUAUCAAUGAUUCACAAAAUCGCCCUAUGGUCACAAUCAAUGUACAUCCAAGAUAGAUAACUCAUGCUUCAAUAAAUAUCACAGCAUUACCACGUGACAAAAAAUGGAUCUUAUCUAAAGAAA